CAAAGGAAUGGACCCGAAUGAUAACGAUACUUUAGCAUGAUUGCUAACCCCUUGUAUCUUGUGUUGGUGUGUUUAGUAAUAGGUGUGAUUGGUGAUGAAAACACGUUAUGUACAAAGAGGAUCAGGCAUAAGAAAGGGUCGGUAGUAACAUACAGGGAAGAGUGGGGAUGCUGCGCAGGAUACAAAGAAGGACCGGAUCUGCUUUGUAAGAGAUGUCCAAGCUGGGAGUAUGGCAUAUCAUGCACGCAAAGAUGCCGCUGUGUGAAGGACAAUACUAUACAAUGUGAUCAUAUCACCGGAAGUUGUACUUGCCGAUGGAACUGGACAGGACAGACAUGCGCCAUACCGUCUUACCUAUUUAGGGAGAAAAGACAAAUUCCCAACACACCGCCGGCUCCGACGACGACUAUCUGUGGUUUAUGUCAGGAAGGGACCGCUACCUGUUCCUCGAACACAGGCUGCGUGUGUAAUGAGAACUGGUCAGGAGCACUAUGCCAAAAUAGAGUCACAACAACACCACCCACGACGACGAUAAUCAUGGUCUGUGAGUGUCAUUUUGAAAAUACAGAGAGUUGUACAGCAAGAACGGGGUGUGUGUGUAAACCCGGCUGGACAGGAACAAUUUGUAGCGAAAAAGCAACAAUAACAACGACUUCGGGCCCCCUGACAUGUGAUGCGUGUGUGACCCAGAACACAGAGAGCUGUAGUUUAAGCACAGGUUGCAAGUGUAAUGCCGGCUGGGGAGGACAAGUUUGUGCAGAUGCCUGUGUCGAAUGGACUUACGGAUCUGGAUGCAUGGCCUGUGACUGUGACAGGACAACUAGCACCACAUGUGACGUCAUCACCGGUGGCUGUACCUGUGAGCCGUACUACUGGGGUAGCACCUGCAUAAAUAAGUGUCCCGAUUGUUCUGCCAACUCACUCACAUCCGUUUCCUGUGAUGAUGCUACAGGGCGCUGUGUGUGUACCACAGGAUACACGGGGACUACGUGUAUAGAAACUUGUCCUGCAUUCUCCUUUGGAAAUAACUGCUCUUCAACUUGUCCAUGCAAUACAAGAUACACACUAUCCUGUGAUCACGUGACCGGCGAGUGUAACUGUCUACCUGGUUACACUGGCAUCAACUGUGACGAAAGAUGCGGUCAGUUUACGUACGGCCAGGGCUGCUCUUUCAACUGUUCCUGUAACACAACAAAUGCCGAAGACUGUAACAACGUUCACGGGGGAUGUUUGUGUAAACCAGGCAUUAUUGGGGACACCUGUAAUGAAACGUGUCCGGCCUGGUCGUACGGCUACAGCUGUGACAGCGGCUGUGAAUGUAAUCAGACCACCACGCAGAGUUGUGAUAACGUCAACGGCCAGUGCGCAUGUAAUCCAGGCUAUGACGGAAUCAUUUGUAACAAUGUUUGCCUGGUAGAUUUCUACGGUAAAGACUGCAAGAAUGAAUGCGCGUGUGACAAAAACAAGUCUAUUUCCUGUGACCACGUGACCGGGCAAUGUCUUUGUAUUACAGGCUACGAUCAACCAAACUGCAAUACCACAUGUCCAAGUGGGCUGUACGGUGAUCAAUGCGCCAGCCUAUGUGCCUGUCCAACUUCCGCCUACUCUACCUGUCAUCAUAUCACGGGCGCCUGCACGUGUAAACCGGGAUAUAUUGGAGACACGUGUCAAACAGAAUGUGCGGAGAAUACAUAUGGAGUAGACUGCUUAGGUGAAUGUGACUGUCUGGCGGUUCAUACGUCUUACUGUGACAAGGGGACAGGUGUAUGUGUGUGUGACAGUGGUUGGGAGGGCGUCAGGUGUGAUACAGCUGCUGCUGUUGCGGCUGCGGACCCUCUGAUAAAUUCGCCCAUCAUUGCGAGUCUGAUCGCUGUAGUAGUUACACUUCUGCUGGUGCUGAUCAUUCUGUUUGUACUGUGGAAAAUAUGUAGGCAAGUAUGA